AUGGAAGUAGAAAUAGAUCGUUUAUUAAAAGCAACCCCAAACAAUAUUACUCCAAUCAUUUUUUCAAUGGUAAAAUCACAAUUUUCUGAUGAUUUAUUCCCAAAUUCUAUUUCAACUAAACCAUAUUUAUCUUCAAAAGAAUGGUUAUCAGGUGAAAAUAAUGUACCAAUUUCAAUGAGUUUAAAUCAAAUUGAUAAUCAAGUUCAAGAUUUUGAUGAUUUAUCAGUUUCAUCACCAUAA